AUGAACUUGGAUUCUAAGAGGGUGAUGCCCAGACACCCACUUCAAGUGCCCCCACGUCUAGAUUCAGAGAAGGCAUCGCUCAUGCUCUCAUUUCGGAGUGCGACAGCGCCUGGAUUCGUGACUUCAACUAGAGCAAGCAGAAAUGUAAUAGGAUUCAACUUCUGCAUUCAUCAACCAAGUUCACAAGUUCUAUGUUACGAGUUCUUUACAGUGCUGCGCAAUAUCAUCUCUUUUCUGUGUCAGAAAUCUAUCAAAAAUCCUGAUUUCAGUUUUUCAUACUAUCUUUAUAUUAUAAUCUUCAAAUUCUUCCCCCUUGUCUUCUCAAAUAGGUAUCGCGCCAUCACAAGUGCAUACUACAGAGGUGCGGUUGGUGCACUCCUUGUCUACGAUGUCACCCGCAAGGUCACAUUCGAUGGUGUGGAAAGAUGGUUGAAGGAGCUCAGAGAUUAUACCGAUCACAACACCGUGAUCAUGCUUGUGGGGAACAAGGCGGACUUGCGUCAUCUUAGGGUGGUCUCAACAGAGGAUGGCAAGGCCUUUGCUGAGAGAGAGAACACUUUCUUCAUGGAGACAUCGGCCUUGGAGUCCAUGAAUGUGGACAAUGCAUUCAUUGAAGUCCUAACUCAGAUCUUUCGCGUUGCCAGCAGGAAGGCUCUUAUUUCUAGUGCUGAUGCUACAGUCUUACCGAAAGGGCAUACGAUCAGUGUCAGCAUGGCAGAUGAUGUUUCUGCCGUGAAGAAAGUUGGAUGCUGUUAAACUUAGCUGAAAAAUAUUAGCCUUUUAUGCUUCACAGUGCUAUGGUUCACCGAACUAGUGAAUUUUCAGCACUUUUAUUUGAAGGCAAUGCCAGGCUUCUCUCGUGGUGUUUUCAAAUUGGGAAUCAACGUUAUAAGGAGUGAAAACACAUGGUUGAUUACAGAACUAUCAUCAGUAGGCUAGAAACUAUUUGUUGUUUUGUAUUAAAAACUCUGGAGCUAAAUUAUCUUGAGUUGUAUAGUUCU